AGAUGAGACAACUGGAUUUGUCCUCAAUAUUCAAUACAGUAUGUAAAUAGGGUACGCUGUCGUUCAGCCAUUUCCUAAAGUUGAGCUGAGUGGGUGGGUACCAAUCAUGAACACUCGUGCAGAUAGGCCUACUUGAAUAUUAAGUAGUGUGUGUGUGUCUCCCACCAAUGGCUGAAACGAUCGCCUUGCUUUUGUGCCCUUUGCCUGGAAUCGGUUAUUGGAUACAAUCGACAAACUGCAUAGAUGUCAAACUUUCACCAGGUCACAGACUCAUUUUUACUUGUAAUAUGCGUAAAACAGGGGGGAACUGUUUUUUUGUUGGCAUGGGACCUUCAUUCAAAGAGGCUAAAUUGUCCAUAUAAGUGUGAAUGGUUGUUUGUCUAUAUCUGUCCAGCGAUUGGCAUCCAACUCCCCUGCGAUCCUAAUGAGGUGUGUGUCACCGAAAAUGAAUGGUUAGAUGUUUCGGUUAUCUUUGAAAUCAUGUUUUGUAUUGAGAUAAGAAAACAAUAAAUAAUCGAGCAUAUACUAGCACAGAAUGUUAUACGUAUAAUUCCAUAUUUGAAAUGAAGAAUAAUGUGUUCUGCAAGCCACGUGUGUGCCUACUUUUUUUCUUUCAAGCGUACCCGCUGAUGAGGGUGGGAGGGGUUGGAUUUGAAGGGAGGCGUUUCCAUUGAGCCACGUUUCUGCAGCCACAUUUCUGCACUCUCCGUUUUGGACGCGGACGCGUGGAUCUCUAUUGCACAAAUGAAGAAUGCACUUGAUGUGAGAAAUAAACCGGGAUUUGGUUGUGUGCUUGUGCGUGGCUGCUGCGUGACACUGGAGGACAGCAGCCACGCGUAUUCACUGUGUAGGAGGACAAAUUAGUAUCAAUUGUGUCAAAAACGCGCGUCCGUGCUGCGUUGAUUGUGAUCAUGCAGGAAUGGCUCGUGUUCCUAUGUGUUGCGGUACUGGUAGCAAUCAUCUGGUCCAGCUCCAAAGUUUCUGGUACCGAGAAGCGGACAAAGACCGCGCCGAGAAGACCGAACAGCACGCUGAAAGAUGAAGACGACCGCAGCGUGGAGCUCAUCUGCAAACCUUCCGCCCUGGCCAACUACCUCGUGAAGAACUGCUCCACUUUCAGCAACUACUCGCCGCGGGUCGGCUGGACGUGGCGGGCCAGCGCCGUCCUCCAGAGCUUGCACGAGGCGUGCUGGUCCUUUGGCAACCCGGUCCACUUUGUGCGGGACAACCUGCAGCUGAGCGAUGAUGGACUGGUGGCUUUGGACUGGGCUUAUCCUUCCUACCAAAAGAGACGCAGGACUUCCAGCCACUCCACCAGCCCGGUUCUUCUCAUCAUCCCCAAUUCGUUCGGCAAGAUCACCAGAAAUGUGCUGGAGUUGUGUCAAACAGCACUUUCCCAUGGAUACCUCCCUGCAGUCUUCAACCGCCGCAGCCACAACAACACUCCGCUCACCACUGUCAAACUGCAGCAGUUUGGAGAUCCUGCAGACUUGCGAGAAGCUGUGCGGUACAUCCGCUACCGGCACCCUGCCGGCAAACUGUAUGCAGUGAGCGAGAGCACAGGCUCCGGCCUCCUUCUCUCGUACCUGGGGGAGUGCGGCUCGUCCAGCUAUGUGACGGCGGCCGUCUGCCUGUCGCCUGUCUUUCGCUGCCAGAGCUGGUUCGAGAAUGGCCUUUGCUGGCCCAUUCAGUGGGCCUUGGUGUUCUACCAGAAAAUGUGCCUCAGCAGAUACAAGACGGUGCUGAGUUCCACCAUACACACGGACACCCUCUUUGCUACCAGUGCUCUACGCAAUCUGGAGGAAGUUCUGUUCUGUCAAACCGAUCAGGUUGGCCGUGCGUCGGCAGCAGCAACUGGGAGCAGCAGCAGCAGCACUUCUGGUUCCUGGGAAGCUUACUGGGAACGCAAUGAACCCUUAAGAGACGUGGAUGAAGUGGCCAUUCCAGUCCUGAGUGUGUGCGCUCAGGAUGACCCUGUCCGGGGAAACCCCCAGUCCACAGUACCCUGGGAACUUUUUGAAAGCAACCCGCAUUUUUUUCUCCUUCUAACAGACCGAGGCGGCCACUGUGGUUUCCCCGCGCGAAGCGAAGCGAGUUCCGCUAGUCCAGCUAACCCGCCGGCUGCACCCAACAGUGCGACUGCCAACUGUGGGACCAACUGGAGCCACCGAGCUCUUUUGGAGUUCUUCAGGGCAACCACAGACUUCUUUGCUGCGGAGGAGAGAACGAAACAGCUCGCUGCAAAGCGGAAGGGUCUGGGGGGAAGCACAGGAGGGAGAAUCUUCCGACACCGCAGUGUCAGUACAUGUAAACGAGUACCAGCGUGCUCCCAUAAUAUCCAUGCCAUUUACAACUGGCAGAGGUCCUAUACACGGUGAGGGAACUUGAUGGAUUUUGACCCUAGUGUGCUUUUUCAAUUCCAAAACAAGAUGAUGGGGCCUUGAUAGUGUAGUGUUUUGGAUAGCUGACGUUUUAUGCUGAGUGUGUGGGAUCGAUUCCUACUCACGUUCAGGUUAGUAAUCUGCCUUUUGCCCUCAGUCUGAUGGAAUACCCAUCACCUCCCCCACAACCCCUGAACAGGAUUAGCAGUAGAAAAUGGAUGGAUGGCGGUAUCUUAUAUGACAUUGUUGAGGUGUGCUACUUUGUUUGAAAAGUUCAAAUUUUCUAAUGAUACAAGCUUUCUCAUUGCCAGCUGCUUAAAAUGUAUUCAUACAUCAAUCACCUCAUGCACCACAACCUUUACGGUGUAAACAUGGCCAACUAAAAACCUGCCAGAGGUCUGAUGCCAAAUGUUUGAUCCUCUGAUAACAAAAACAAACUAAAUUCUCUUCUGCUGUUACACUUGUUGGACUCCUUCGGAUUGUGUGUUUUUUUUUGGGUUUUUUUUUGCUUCGGAAUUUGCCUUUCCUAUCCUAGCGAGAUGGACUAGGUUGUUCGAAAUCUAAAAUUGCUUAGCAAAGUCUCAAUAUGAACUUUAACUCUCCUUUAGGAUAGGUUACAUCUCACCAAUCUUUACAAAAGGAAAGACGUACAGCGGCAGUUUUUAAAGCAACAAGCCACUGAUGAAGUUAACCGACAAGUUGGUCGCAAGGUGCUCAAGAGUUUCACCCGAGAGACGUCAGCAAUACCUGCCGUUGUGCGAUGACGUCAGUUAGGAAAAGUGGAGUUGAAUGAUGUUUAUACAGUGCUGUCUUUUCCCGUGUUCUAAAGGAAACACCUUUUAGUCUCGCCUUGACCUGUUGCCGUUUUCCACAAAGGUUAAGGAAAGGUGGUACAAAAGUAAGGAGAUUUGACUUUCCGAAAAGCCCUCAAUGACUGACUUGCCACGUCCAAGCCCUUACAACAGCUGAACUUUGAAGCGACUAAGCGAUUUUCCGCAAUAAAAUUUGCAUUUCAGCUGUCAUGCUAACAUAGCAGAGUAAGUGGUGUGUAAAAAUGUGUUAUUGUGUCUACCUUUUGUGGUCGACGCUGUAGAACCUCAAUUGUACUUAUGCCUCUGGACUUCGCUUAAAAUUGUUUGACUUCUAAAUUGUUAAUUUUGCAUUUGAAAUUUGGGGAAUAUUGAUAGGCAGCAUGCGGCUGUGUGUCUUUGCUUAGGCCUAAAUGGAGUUUGCAUGUUCUCUGGUUUCCUCUCUUAUUCCAAAAAACAAUGCAUAUUACAACCCCAAUUGAUGUUGGGACUUUGUGUUAAACAUAAAUAAAAAUAGAAUACAUCCAUCCAUCCAUCCAUUUUCUGAGCCGCUUCUCCUCACUAGGGUCGCGGGCGUGCUGGAGCCUAUCCCAGCUGUCAUCGGGCAGGAGGCGGGGUACACCCUGAACUGGUUGCCAGCCAAUCGCAGGGCACAUACAAACAAACAACCAUUCGCACUCACAGUCAGACCUACGGGCAAUUUAGAGUCUCCAAUUUAUGCAUGUUGUUGGGAUGUGGGAAGAAACCGGAGUGCCCGGAGAAAACCCACGCAAGAGCACGGGGAGAACAUGCAAACUCCACACAGUCGGGGCCGGGGAUAGAACCCGGGUCCUCAGAACUGUGAGGCUGACGCUCUAACCAGUCGUCCACCGUGCAAAUAGAAUACAAUGAUUUGCAAAUCAUGUUCGACCUAUAUUUAAUCGGGUAUACUACAAAGACAAGAUAUUUAAAGUUCAAACUGAUAAACAUGAUUGUUUUUAGCAAAUAAUCAUUAACUUAGAAUUUUAUGGCUGCAACACGUUCCAAAAAAGCUGGGACAGGGUCAUGUUUACCACUGUGUUACAUCACCUUUUCUUUGAACAACAUUCAAUAAACGUUUGGGAACUGAGGACACUAAUUGUUGAAGCUUUGUAGGUGGAAUUCUUUCCCAUUCUUGAUUGAUGUACAGCUUCAGCUGUUGUCGUAUUUUUUGCUUCAUAAUGCGCCACACAUUUUCAAUGGGAGACAGGUCUGGACUGCAGGCAGGCCAGUCUAGUACCCCCACUCUUUUACUAUGAAGCCACGCUGUUGUAACACGUGCAGAAUGUGGUUUGGCAUUGUCUUGCUGAAAUAAGCAGGGGCGUCCAUGAAAAAGACGUUGCUUGGAUGGCAGCAUAUGUCUCUCCAAAACCUGUAUGUACCUUUCAGCAUUAAUGGUGCCUUCACAGAUGUGUAAGUUACCCAUGCCAUUGGCACUAACACAGCCCCAUACCAUCACAGAUGCUGGCUUUUGAACUUUGCGUCCAUAGCAGUCCGGAUGGUUCUUUUCCUCUUUGGCCUGGACACGACAUCCACAAUUUCCAAAAUCAAUUUGAAAUGUGGACUCGUCGGACCACAGAACACUUUUCCACUUUGCAUCAGUCAUUAGAUGAGCUCGGGCCCAGAGAAGCCGGUGUUGUUGAUAAAUGGCUUUUGGUUUGCAUAGUAAGAGUUUCAAGUUGCACUUACGGAUGUAGCGCCGAACUGUAUUUACUGACAUUGGUUUUCUGAAGUGUUCCUGAGCCCAUGUGGUGAUAUCCUUUACACAUUGAUGUCAGUUUUUUAUGCAUUGCCGCCUGAGGCAUCGAAGGUCACGGGCAUUCAAUGUUGGUUUUCGGCCUUGCCGCUUACAUGCAGUGAUUUCUCCAGAUUCUCUGAACCUUUUGAUGUUAGUAUGGACCGUAAAUGAUGAAAUCCCUAAAUUCCUUGCAAUUGUACGUUGAGGAACAUUGUCCUUAAACUGUUCGACUAUUUUCUCACGCACUUGUUCACAAAGAGGUGAACCUCGCCCCAUCUUUGCUUGUGAAAGACUGAGCAAUUCAGGGAAGCUCCUUUUAUACCCAAUCAUGGCACCCACCUGUUCCCACUUAGCCUGUUCACCUGUGGGAUGUUUGAUGAGCAUUCCUCAACUUUCUCAGUCUUUUUUGCCACCUGUCCCAGCUUUUUGUGAACGUGUUGCAGCCAUAAAAUUCUAAGUUAAUGAUUAUUUGCUAAAAACAAUCAAGUUUAUCAGUUUGAACGUUACAUAUCUUGUAUUUGUUGUAUAUUCAAUUAAAUAUAUGUUGAACAUGAUUUGCAAAUCAUUGUAUUCUGUUUUAUGUUUAUCACAACAUCCCAACUUCAUUGGAGUUGGGGUUGUAGUUGACAUGAAGAGCCAGUGUGAAUGUUUAGAUAUGCCCUGUGAUUGACUUGUUAAAAAUCCAGUCUGAACGCUCCUUUUUCCAAAGCUCUGCCCAAAUCCAGCUCAACUUUAACCUUGAACAGUAUAAGUGGUAGGAAAUUGAUGGAUGGACAGAAAUAUUAGUAGCCAACUGUCAUAUUUCAUUGGUUUGUCAGAAUUUAGUGAUAAAGCUCUGUUGGUGUCGUAAAAUAUUAUUUUACUUGGCAUGAUUGAGAUUCUCAGCAGGCAAUCCUCACCCAUUGAUUGCAUUCAAAACACAAUCAAUUGAAUAACGUUAUGAUAUUUCUUUGAAAGAAUAUGUUGACCCUAAUCACAUUCAAGAAUGCAACCAUAUAGUUGAGUAUACACAUUUCACACUUUUAUAUUAUACAUGUUUACCACUUUAAAAGGGUAUUUUAUUACUGUAGUUCUAUGUGACGGAAUUAUAGAAAAUAGGAGAAUGAUAUUUGAAGCAUGGUUUGCAAUGUUGUUGUUUUGUUCUCAUUUUAAUGCACUUGCUCUCUUCUCAAAGCUCACGAAGACCCCCAAUUAUAGCACAGUGCCCAUGGCCAUUUCAUGUUGAGAUUGCAUGUGCCCAUUGAGAGUUAUCUACUCAGACAGCUGGAACACAGCGGUACACACGCACAGAAUGCCGGCAGACACGAUGUCCACUUGUAUAACGACCAACUUCACUCACACACCCAAAUGAGAUGCAUGGUACAUGAACUACAAAAUGCAACCAACAAUAUACUGUAGGUGCUUUUUGACAACGUUUUUCUCCUGUGGUGUUGUGUAUUUCCUGUACUGCAAGUUAAUCAGAACAGUUGGAGCAAUGCUUUUUGUGUUCUUCAUUAUAAGCAGCUGACUGGAACAUUUCUUUGCACACACUUAAAAGUAGUGAUACGCCAUUAAUAAUAGCUGUGGCAAACUCUGCAUUUGGUAACUGGACCUUCAGUAGGGACUUGCCCGACUUCCUAAUACUGCCACUAUCAAAUCACAAUUUUAAAACCCAUCAGUACUAUACAAAAACAAAACACAAACAAAACCGCACGUCACUGUGCCACGGACAUUGUAAGAAGCAGUUCUGGUUCAAUAUUUAUCUAGUAACAUAAAAAAUAUCAUCAUACCAUAAAUGCUGAUUAUGAAAUGUAUCAUUGUGCAGAUAGCUACAGAUGUGUUUUUCUUGUCGAAGUUGGCUGUAACAAGUUUUGCUCUGACCGACCAAUGAGAGAACAAUGCUGACAUCAUCAAGGGCCUGACCUCUGGCCCUGUGAGGAAAAAUGGGAAAUCUGAUUGAUUUAAGAAACAAACUUAUUGCUAAUAUAGUUUAAAUUACACUGCGAUUGGCUGGCAACCAGUUCAGGGUGUACCCCGCCUCCUGCCCGAUGACAGCUGCGAUAGGCUCCAGCACGCCCGCGACCCUUGUGAGGAUAAGCAGCUCAGAUGGAUGGAUGGAUGGAGUUUAAAUUACAUCUGCCAGCACUACUCAUUCUGAAGGCCUUGGCAUAUUAGAUUGAUAUGGUAGCACAUAAAGGCUGAAACCUGAUUGGACAAAAAAAAAAAAAGAAUCCAGCAUCCACAGGUUAUAAAAUGUAGAGAAUAUUUUGUCUUACUUUCAUUCUAAUAUCAACAUAAAAUACAUAGAUGUAGACAACUGCACUUUGUUUCCCCAAACAUCUCCUGGUUCAAAAGUCUAAUACUCGGUUUGGCAAAAGCACAAAGUGCAGCUGCUCUACAAUAGUGGGUGAGAUAUUAAAUUACUGUUUCGUCAAGCCUUGCACGAAAAAAAAGUUACUUUUACUGAUACUGCAGUUGACAUCAGUUGGUGGUUUCCUAUUGCAGUGGUCAGAUAUUUUCUCAUAUUAAGCAAUUUUGCCCAAGGGACGAAACUGAAUUCAAUGUAAAUUCUGAAAAUAAAAGUUGGUGUUUGGCAUUUCCAUACAAAACACAGUCACAUGUGUGCUUUCUUUGGCUGAUGCAGCGCAUAUAUCUACAGUAGUUCUAGUCAUUAAUGCACUUUUGACACAAAAAGAAAUCAAUUUCCCUCUUAUUCAGGAAAGUCAGUGCUGGUUAAAGUUGAAACUAAUAACCAGUCUGCUUUGAAAUACAAGCUUGUGCUUGCAUUGAAUUGAUAGUGAAGUGAUGAUUGAUUGGACUAGAUUAACAUGGAUGAUAUGUUUCAUAAAAUGUGGGAUGUUUUGCUGUUACAUAAUUUCAAGUAGAUGUUGCUUCUUUGCAAUACAUGCUGUUUAGUAUUGGCCUCCAGCAAAUGGAGCCCUUUGGAUUAAAUUGUCUUUCCUGUUUGCUAAUUCAGUUAUAUUCUCAACAACUCUGCCUGAGUGACGAGUUAAACAGCAAUGUUACAUACAUGCUUACAAGAUUAUCACACCAAUUUGCCGAAAGUGUGCAUUUCUUCUCAUUGUAACAUUAUUUCCUGCCCUUUCUUCUUUGGUGAAUGACAGUGUGGAUAGAGGAAGAUGUCUUCAUGUCGCAAUAAAGGAACAUCAAUGUAUAUACUCUAUCAUUCAAAAAUACCGCUUUAACAAAAAUAGUACAACUCAUUGCAAGGCCUUUGCCAGCUUUCUAUUUUGAGAAUGUUUUGAUUUACUUUGAGUCUGACACCGAAAUAAUGCGCUACACCGUGCUGUAAUCUAUCCCUAGACUCUCUCCUUGCCAAUAUGAACUGAAUAUCAAUCCAUAGUCCGUUUAACAUGGCAAAUUUAGCAGAUACAAAAAAAAAAAAGAAAAGCUGAUGUGCCUCCUUUGAGGUGUUGUGGCACCUCACACUUUGAAAACCUUUGCCUCAAAGCAAAUGUGCUUUGCAUGCAUAACAAUUCAACAAAAUGCUUUGUAAGUGAAAUGCUCUCAGAACAUGAAAUCACGUGCAUCCUGACACAUAAUUAUUGCUAUUGCUAAUUUAUCAGUCACGCUGAUUCCACAUAAUUAUGAAAAGGUGAUGUAUUUUUUUUUAUUCUAAAAAAAACCAGUUAUGCUUUUAUUGUACCUGCUUCGGAUUAACAAGUAAGAAUAUGUUUGAGCGGCUGGCUCUGCCUAACCCUAAGUAUACUGAGGCGUAUACACUACUGGGUAUGUUUACAAUAGAGAAAUUCCUGGCUAUUUUACGUGUUUACACCUUAAAUAAAACACCAGAGAUAAUUCUAGGGACAGCAAAAUAGGAAGACACCCAGUGCUUCAGUUUCUGCUGUGAUAUAGAAGGAUAGUUUAUAUCAGGGAUGGCAAACACACUGAUUGUAAGCAGCAUUCAACUUUUUGGCUGCCCCGGUGUCAGUUGAUUUUUAACUCGGCCUUUAGAGGAGGGGUAUCGAACUCAUUUUUGUUGCAGGCCACAUCGUAGUGAUGGUUUGCCUCAGAGGGCCGUUAUGACUGUGAACCCAUAUAAAUGUAUGAUGACAUAUUAUUACGUAGACACAAAAAAAAUGAUGGCUUACUAGUUUUGAAAUAAGAAAGCAGUCAAAAAAAAAGUUGUUUGUUCAACUGUUAUUGUGUUUAUUUUGAAAGGGGCAUUGGAACAUAAAUGCUUGCAAUAUCUAAACAUUAUUAGAAGUGAAGAAAAGUUGCAAUUUUCGUGUUUUAGCAAGAACCGUGAAGUUGAGGCAUAUGAUUUGGUUCUGCGGGUCACAUAAAAUGAUGUGGCGGGUCGGCUCUUUAGAAGUGUCUAAGGUUUUUUUCACUUUCAAAUAUAUACAGUAUAUACUGUAGCUAUGGAAAAAAACAUAAAGGGCUCUUUCUUUCAUCCAGCGCUGCGUUUGGCAUAUCUCUGCAAGGAGGUGGGCUAAACCCGGAUUUGGUAAUUUUGUGAAGCGGCAUACCACCAACACCUUUAAAAGUCUGCGAUGCUCUGAGCGUGUGCACAACCGACUUCAAUCCUGUCCAAUCAAAGCGGGCUUUCUCGUUCCCUUUCAGAUCGUUUUCAAAUAGUCUUGCAUGAAGAUGUCUUUAUUUACGGAAGAGAACCGUACGUGAAUGGAGCUUUGUCACUGCUCUUGGCCAAUGUGGCAACACGAUACAUGAAUAAAUACAGUACGAGCUCAUGGUGAUAACUGCAGGUGACUUCAAUAUAUCCGUAGACCUCAUAUAUUCAUCACCACUCACAUCAUUCAUGCAAGUAAAUAAUAAUAAUAUAAUUUCAACCUGUCUUUUUCAUUAAUCAGAAAAUAAUAGUGUUUUACUAUUUUUGCCCUUUAAAACUAAGUACAGUUCAGUAUUUAACUUUUCAGUGUAAAACAUUUGCAGUUCAUCUUUAAGAAGUGUUUGGUUUUAAACUUAGGGUAAAUUUUUCUAUAUUGUAUGUUUUUUUAUAUGCAACAAAUUUUAAUUAACUCAUUCAGUACAGUUUAUUUUUUUGAACGUUUUUUCCGAUGUGUAUUUAAGACCAGUGUUGAGAUUCCAACAGCAUAAUGUUACAGAGGCUUACAUUAGUAUUAAACAUGCUUUAUAGGAAUAAAACCUUUAAAACCUGCCUAGUUUUGUGAGUAUUUUAAUGAUUGUCAUGAUGAUGGUACUUGGAGGUCUAUUUUUAUUUUUUUUUAGGUGGUAAAAGGUUGGAGAAGCACCCCUCUACAUUCUGUUAGCCUAUUAUUAUAUAUAUUUUAAUUACUAAUACUAUUAAUUAAGGUCAGAUGUGGCAUAAUCCUGAUGUUGGGUGGCGGACUAAUAUACGGUAGUUUGUUGAGCUGUGUAUAUUCAAUGUUAUUGUAUGGUUUUUAAGUUUUUUUUAAAGUGCUCUAUAAAUAAAAUUGAUUUGAGUUCAGUUAAUCGGUCCAAACAAUGUAUUUAUUGACUAUAGAUUUUUUGUUCAUCAGUCUAUUCCGGUGACAUAUAGUGACAAGCAGAACAAUUAAAUGCUCUUCCACUAGAUGGCAGAAGGUGCAGUUAGUCUCUGUAGCCACCUGUUGCUAGUCAUACAAGAGAAUAAUAGCUUUUUGCGUUUAACUAAAGUUCACGAUGAGUAAGCCAAUUUGUGAGUAAAUGGAGACACUAUCAUAAUUUCAGUACAUAUGCCUGUUGUGACAUUUUUAUUUGGUGAUGUGCCAUGAGAUUUGAAUGAUGUAAAAUGUUUGCCUUUGCUCAAUAAAUGUUUGGGGGAAAAAAACAU